AUUUAUUCCGACUUGAUUUAAGACAAUUCAAAUACAGUGUAACAGUGCUUCUAAACCUAAUCAAUUGAUUCAAUUCAUCUAACCCUUACACAAGAAAUUGGGACUGCCGCUUCACAUUUGCCUUUUUCUGCACCCAAUUCGAGCUCUUCAUACACACUAAAAUGGCUUCGUUUGCUGCAAAUUCAUCUCUUCUCUCUCCAAAUUCGCUCCGUAGUCCAGCAAAAUCUUCCAUCAGCUCUUCUCCCUUCCGCUGCCUCUGCAUUUCGUUUAACAAUAACGAUAAACCCACAAAUCUAGCAGCAACUACUGCUCACCCACUUUCUUCGUCGGCCCUCCAGAGUCACAAAGGUUUGGGAUUAUGGGAAAAGAAAGAAUCAUCCUCACAGACUUCAGCUGUUCGACAUUUGACCGGCUCGCUUACCUCAGCCGAGGGGCUCCGUUUUGCUAUAGUGGUGGCACGCUUCAAUGAGAUCGUCACCAGGCCACUUUUGGAGGGAGCUUUGGAUACCUUCAAGAGAUACUCAGUUAAAGAGGAAGAUAUUGAUGUUGUGUGGGUUCCUGGUAGCUUUGAAAUCGGCCUAGUUGCUGAGAAGCUUGGGAAAUCAAGAAAAUAUCAAGCGGUCUUGUGUAUUGGGGCUGUGAUUAGAGGCGAUACAUCCCACUAUGAUGCUGUCGCAAAUUCUGCUGCGUCGGGAGUAUUGUCUGCUGGUCUAAGUUCAGGUGUCCCUUGCAUAUUUGGAGUUCUGACGUGUGAUGACAUGGACCAGGCUUUAAAUCGAGCCGGUGGUAAGGCGGGAAACAAGGGCUCUGAAACCGCAUUGACAGCUGUAAGUUCAUUAUACACAUUAUUUAUUGGUUCUCUUCAUUUGGUCAGUUCGUAUUCGAAAUGGCAUUAUCCUGUGUACAGAUAUUACCAAUUGCUGAAACUGGAGCAACUCGUCUUCUAUGUUCUCAUGCCAAAAACAUCGAGCUAUUGCAUUUGAAAGAUAAGAGACAAUUUUAAGUAUAACUGCAUAUCUAGUAACAGUUUUGCAUUCCAAUUCAUGAGGCUGCUACCAAACAUUCACCAUGGUUGGUAUUAGUAUUCUACUAAGGCAACAUAGUCUCCAAAACCAGAAGGAUUUCAGAUGAAAAAUAUUGUUGUCACAUUCCAUUUUUAGUCGUAGCACUUAUGUUGAUGCUUAUAUAUAUCUGAUCUAACGUAUUUGAAAAAGUGGGUUUGAAUUUGUGCAUUGUUUUGGUUAUGCACUUUUCUUAUCUAUUUUUCUGUCUCCAUUGGCAGAUUGAGAUGGCAUCUUUAUUUGAGCAUCAUCUGAAGUUUUGAGGGCGCUCCUGUUUGCACCAAAGGCUUUGUUGUGUUGUACCUUUCAACUUGCUGGCUUCAGUUACAAGAGUUUUUUGUAUCUUUAAAAAAUCAGAACCUAAAAUAAUCCAAAUAUGUUACCCUACUUCUUCUCCAUUUGAUUUCUUGGAAAACCUGAAAGUUUCAAGGCUUGGAAUUGACAAUAAAUGAGAAAUUGUCCACAAA